AUGUUCCACUAUGCAAUUAACUCUCCGCCGCCCCUCGGCCGCGGCCGCGCGCAGCGACAGCGGCAGCAAGCGCCGCGACGCUCGGCCAUCCCCGCCGCCACCCCGGAAUCCGAGUCCCCCUACGCGUCUUCCUCGUGGGCGUCCCUUGCCGAGGACCUACUCGACCUGAUCGGGUGGCGGGUGCUGACCGGCGACCUGCUCGACUACGUCCGCCUCCGCGCCGCCUGCCGCCAGUGGCGCUCAUCCACCGUCUCCCCGGGCGGCCGCAGCCUCCACGACCCGCGCUUCUACCCGCGCCGGUGGAUGCUGCUGCCCGAGGGCCACGGCCUCCACCCCGGCCACACCAGGCUACACGGGUACAUCCGGUUCAUCAACCUGUCCACCGGCGCCAUCGUCCGGUCAAAUCUCCCGAUCUUCAGCGACCACUGCGUCCUCGACUCCGUCGACGGGAUCCUGGUGCUGAAGCGGGACCACGACACCGCCGUGCGCCUUCUCCACCCCUUCACCGGCGACAUCGCGGACCUCCCGCCGCUCGCGUCCCUCAGGACGAUGCUGACACCCGGACAGCAGCAGAUAUUGGACUGGUCGUUUUUCAGGACCAUAUGCGCGACCUCCUUCACUGUGAGCGCAGAUGGGGUCGUCACCGCCAUGAUUGCUCUCUUCUAUUUAGGGCGGGUAGCCUGUGCCACCUCCAUGGACCAGCAAUGGAGGCUCUCGACAUGGAGCGUAUCAAAAAGCUGGAGGCCAAUGUCGUUCCAGGGCAAGAUAUACACGUUGCACUGUGACACAUUGGACAGUGAGCUUCAGAUUUCCCAGAUUGACCUGCCGGGGCUCGGGGAGAAGGAGGAUUUUGGUGAUCUGUUGUGUUAUCUACCGGAACCAAAGUUGAUCGCCACAUUUCCGGCAGGCAGACUUCACAUGCCUUACCACCUCGGAGAAUGCGACUCAGAGAUCAUGUUGAUUGGGCGUGAAGAAUGUAGGCUCUCUUUUCACAUUGGGGUUUACAGAGUAGCUGACAUUUUGGCAGACAAGAUUACACCAGUAACAAGCAUCGGAGGAAAUGCUUUGUUUGUUGAAGACAGGGUUCUGAGUGUGAGCAGUAGAGUGCACCCAACCAUUGUGGCUGACGCCAUUGUACUUCUCCAUCAGAAGGAAGUAUAUCUUGGGCAAUACCACCUUGCUAGUAGGACAUGGUUGCCAACAGCAGAUGGAGGUCUCAAAGGUGCUUCUGUACCCAGUCCUUGUAGCCUCAUUUACCAUAUUUUCACAUGUUGCUAUCGUAUUCUUUGGAACAAAGGACAAAUUCUUUUUCAGGGGACGCUUCAACCUAUUUGGAGGGUGAAGAGAAAGGGGCGACUUGGGAAGCUCAAGCUCCUCAAGGUUGGAAGGUGUCGAAAAAUUGAGGCGAUAGAGAUCAGUGCCCCAAAUCUCUCCUCUUUUCACCAUUAUGGGUUCCCGCCAGAGAUCUAUAUUGAAGAUUCUGCCCAACUUACGGAAAUAUAUUUGUCAUCUUUAUAUCCACCCGGAAUUCUCGCUUACAGUCGUGCGAAGCUUCCAUCUAUCGCCAGCAAUGUCGAGAGGCUUACCCUGGUGUUCUGCGGUGAGAAUGUCAACACGCCGAUGCUUCAUGAAAAGCUCCACCACCUCAAGAGUUUGGAGUUUGAAUUUCACGGCUCAGGAGCCUGCUCCCCUGUCUAUGAUAUCUUCUCUCUGGUUUCUUUUCUUGAUGCUUCUCCUGCCUUGGAAUCUUUGAUCUUGCGUGUAGCACGAAACGCCAUAGACAUAGUAGAUCAUUGUGAUGCUGGGGACGAUGUAUACCUAAAGGGGAAAUCAGCAUACCAGCAUGACAGCCUCAAACGGGUGACGAUCACGGGCUUCUGUUCAGCCAGGAGCCUGAUUAGGCUUGUGAUCAGCAUCCUUGAGAGCGCUCCUUCACUCGAGCGCCUCACGCUGGAUACGACACCCCGUGGCUGCGGUAGGAAGCUUGGCGAUACUAGCAUAUGCACUGCCGCAAAAUAUAGGAGUAAAUGCUGUUGGAUAAGCGAGAGAUCCCUCGAAGAGUCUAACAGAGCUGUUGAGGCUGCAGGUAGAUACAUCGCUGGGAGAGUUCCAUCGGCUGUUGAAUUUGAGGUCCUUGAGCCCUAUAGGCGAUGCCAUGCUGGCAACCCGGUAGAUGAUGUGUUAAAUAAAAGUUAG